CUCACGCGACAUUAACAACUCCUAUAAGUAGACAUUUGAGUCAUUUGCUCUCCGCGGCGAGCAAGUGAAAAACUAAAUGAUUCCGUUUUGUGUUUAGAAUUUAACUCGAUUUGAUUUUGAUAUUACAAAUUUUUCCAUUCUGUGAUAACAGUGCUUACCCCCAAGUACCUCAUAUAAAAUCAGUGUAAAUAGGACCGGAAAAUGGGUCAAACAGUGACUAGAGAAGAUUUUGAGUGGAGCUACACGGAAGAGCCGCAUGCCAGUAGGCGGAAAAUGAUUUUGGAAAAGUAUCCGCAAAUCAAAAAACUAUUUGGCUACGAUCCGAAUUUCAAAUACGUUGCCGGCAGUAUGGUGCUCACACAGUUUGUGAUGCUGUUUGUGAUGAAGGGGCAAUCGUGGCCGAUUACCAUACUGGUGGCGUAUUGUUUCGGCGGCGUUAUCAACCAUUCGCUGUCCCUAGCUGUGCAUGAAAUUUCGCAUAAUUUGGCGUUUGGUCACGCCCGGCCAUUAGCAAAUCGUAUUUUUGGGUAUUUUUGCAAUCUUCCACUGGGCGUCCCAAUGUCGAUAUCGUUUAAGAAAUACCAUUUGGAACAUCAUCGCUAUCAGGGUGAUGAAGUGAUUGACACGGAUCUACCAACGCUACUGGAAGCUAAGCUAUUUUCCAAUACGUUCGGCAAAUUCUGUUGGGUCUGUUUCCAGCCGUUCUUUUACAUGCUUCGACCAUUGAUUGUGAAUCCAAAACCACCGAGUCGGCAAGAAUUCAUCAAUUUGGCCAUACAAUUGGUGUUCGAUACGAUUGUCGUGUACUUCUUCGGAUGGAGAGUGAUGUUUUACUUAAUCAUCGGUACGCUACUAGCGAUGGGAUUCCAUCCGGUGGCAGGACAUUUCAUUUCCGAACAUUAUAUGUUCGCAAAGGGAUUCGAAACGUAUUCGUACUACGGGCCGCUCAAUUUCAUUACCUUCAAUGUAGGGUAUCACAACGAGCAUCAUGAUUUCCCCGCUGUUCCGGGCAGUCGGUUACCGGAAGUAAAGCGAAUCGCUGCUGAAUUCUAUGACGAUAUGCCGCAGCAUAAUAGUUGGUGUCGUGUCAUCUACGAUUUUAUUAUGGAUCCAGCGGUGGGACCGUACGCUCGUAUUAAGCGAAAGCAGAAAGGACUUAAGUCGUAGAAUUUGUGUGGAUACCAAAAGUAGUGUUAUUUUGUUACUCAUUUAAAAUUACUCUAAGUCGCACGGAUUUUCUAUAUUUUUUUGGUCUAAAAUGGACGGGAAAAAGAUUAAAAAAAAAUUCCGAGUCGAUUGUUGAUUCGUUCGAUAAGCGGAAUUGUAAAUAAUAUCCAAACGGGUAUCUUAUACAAAUUCACAUUAAUUUCUAUAAUUCGUCUGAUUGCCCUAGAAUGAGCUCGAUAUUUUUCGUUAUGUAAUCCCUGUAUUGUUUCUGCUGAUAAGAUAAAUUCCAUUUUUUUGUUUGUGUAUUUCCGACAUAGUCACAAGCAUUUUUUCUUUCUUUCGUUCGUGUUUAUCGGUGUAUGCAUAUACUACAUCAUAAUACCUGUCAAUGUUAUCGCGUAUGCAGUAUGUACCAUAUGUACCAUAUACCUCUACUUACGUGACCAACUACAAUAUAUCUACUAUAUGUGGCCGAUAGUGCUAAUUUAGUAGAUCGGAUAAGACAUUUAUUACCAAAACAAAGUCGAAAAUGAAAAAGUCAAUAAAACCAACAAAACAAAAUAUUGAUUCGGAGGCAAUAGUAGCGCGAUGCGACGUUAA